AUUGAACAGGGAGGAGUGGCGUCAGCACAGAUGGAUACACCCUUAUGAGCUGAGUGACACUAACAAGGUUUUGAUGGUGGAUGAGAGUGAAGUGAUGGAUAUAGUGGAUGGAUAUGGAGGAUAUGGGUGUCAGGCAUCCCGAGGCCUUUCAUCAGAGCAGCAGGCGGACUGCACAGCAGGAGAAGAAAACACAGGUCAACUGGCACCAUGAGAGUCUCAUCAGCCUGGACGGCACUCGUCUUCCUUCUUAUUCAAGGAGCAUCCAGAGCCUGUACAGUGAAGAAACUGGGCAGCAGCACAGGAAGAUUUGCCAACGCCACAUUAGUGCGCCUGUCUGAGUUUCUUAGUGCGGGGUAUAAGAAGGGAGUGAGACCGGUGAAAGACUGGAGGACGUCCACCAUAGUGGCCAUCGACCUCAUGGUUUACUCCAUCCUUAAUGUGGAUGAGAAGAACCAGGUUCUGACAACAUAUGUGUGGUACAGACAGUCCUGGACAGAUGAAUUCCUGGUGUGGAACCCAGAAGACUUUGAUGAAGUCAAACAAGUCUCUAUUCCUACUGCUAAUGUGUGGGUGCCGGACAUCCUCAUCAAUGAGUUUGUCGAUGUGGGGAAGUCUCCAGACAUACCAUACGUUUAUGUGACACAUGAUGGACUGGUGCGCAACUACAAGCCCAUCCAGGUGGUCACAGCGUGCACCCUCAACAUCUACAACUUCCCAUUUGAUGUUCAGAAAUGCAGCCUCACCUUCCAGAGCUGGCUUCAUACCAUUGAUGACAUCAACAUCACCCUGAUGCGAAGCCCCGAGGAGCUCAGGGAGGACAAGAGCGUCUUCAUGAACCAAGGAGAGUGGGAGCUACUCCAUAUACUGUCCAACUACAAGAUCUUCAGUGUGGACAAUGAUGACUACUACGCUGAGAUGAAGUUUCAUGUGGUGAUCCGGCGGCGGCCGUUGUUCUACACCGUGAACCUGCUGCUGCCCAGUAUCUUCUUGAUGGUGAUGGACAUUGUGGGUUUCUAUCUGCCACCAGACAGCGGAGAGAGGGUUUCCUUCAAGAUCACUUUGCUGCUGGGCUACUCUGUCUUCCUCAUCAUUGUAUCUGACACUCUGCCUGCCACCGCCAUAGGAACCCCGCUGAUAGGUGUGUACUUCGUGGUCUGCAUGGCCCUCCUGGUGAUCAGCUUGACAGAAACCGUGCUGAUUGUGCGUCUGGUCCACAAGCAGGACCUGCAGCCCCCUGUGCCCCACUGGGUGAGGUACUUGGUGCUGGAAAGAGCGCCGGUCCUCUUCUGCAUCCACAAGAAGCACCGACUCUGCUCCUCACUGUCCUCCCAGGGCGCCGACCUGGAGCACUACAAGGAUAACAACUAUGGGACCGCCCAGUGCACCCUCCACCACACCUGUGAGAUAGGCCGAAGGCUCAGCCACCACGACAGAGAAGGCGGACUGCUCGGACUGGGCCUGCCCCCCUCCAGGGACCCCACCCCGCCCGUCAUGGACAACAUCCUGCAAGAAGUGACAGCCAUACGCCACUUCCUGGAGAAGAGAGACAGGUGCCGGGAGGUCGCCAAAGAGUGGCUGCAGGUCGGCUACGUGCUGGACGUGCUGCUCUUCAGAGUUUACUUAGUGGCCGUGGUGGCCUACAGCAUCACACUGGGCACGCUGUGGUCAGUGUGGCAGGUCGCCUGAGGCUCACCCCUGCACCGCUGUGGACACAAGCUCAGUGGGUGGAGCACUGAAUUCGGAGGGCCAGAGUUAUUGGCUCUAUGCCCUGUGUAGCUCAGUGGAUACAGGGAGGCACUCGCAGAUGAUUGGAACAGGGAAAGGCGUCCUGUAUGUGGGACAUAUGUACAAAGGUUUGGGUUUGCCACCAAAUCCCUACAAAUAUUAUUAUCAUCAUUUUAGGUUUGAUCAGAGAGUUUUAAAGUUCCAUGAUGUGAGUGCAGCCUGAGGUGUUUUCAGGGCCAGGCCAAGACUUUCUCAGACGCCCAAUGCACCAACACACUUAAUUAUUAUCCAUGAUUAUGAAGGAUUUAAAAGGACGACAGUGGUAACACAGCAAAGAUAUUUUAGCUAAGACAGUUUGUUGGGAUAAAGGUCAAAGUAUGAAAAUAUGGAGCACUGAUGACGCAGUUUAGGAAUAAAAUUUGGACUCAGAGACAAGCUUAUAGAUUAAAAAAGAAAAAAAAACGAAUGAAUAUAUAAAAUUAGUAAAUAACGAAUUUAUAAUAUUGAUGUAAUAAAUGCAUAUGAUGACCUGUUUUGCACUACA